AUGAAGGGGGAUGCCGGCAGCUCGCUAGGGGGCAGCUCGCUAGGGGGCAGCCCGCUAGGGGGCAGCCCGCUAGGGGGCAGCUCGCUAGGGGGCAGCUCGCUAGGGGGCAGCCCCCUAGGGGGCAGCUCGCUAGGGGGCAGCCCGCUAGGGGGCAGCCCGCUAGGGGGCAGCCCGCUAGGGGGCAGCUCGCUAGGGGGCAGCUCGCUAGGGGGCAGCCCCCUAGGGGGCAGCUCGCUAGGGGGCAGCCCGCUAGGGGGCAGCCCGCUAGGGGGCAGCCCGCUAGGGGGCAGCUCGCUAGGGGGCAGCUCGCUAGGGGGCAGCCCCUAG